CACUAAAGGUGGAUGUUUUCAUAUUAUUCUUCAGCUUGCAUUUGCCCUCUUUGAAACAAGAAAUAUGUUCGGGUUUAUGAACAAGUCUAUCAAAGGCGACUGGGUGAAGCUUGAACAAAUGGCUUGCCCUGCGGCGGGAUGUUUAUCCAAAACACCUGUGAAUUGGGUAUGUGCAAAAGAUAGCAUGAGUGUUUUCGUAAACGAAUACGGGAAGAUCAAGUGUGCUGAAUCUAGUACCAGCAAAGGCACACACAUCGCGAAUAUAUGUGAAUGGAGUUGGAAAUGUUCAAACAUCACUUACCACAAAGGCGAGUACAUUAAAGCUGACUUCGAAGGCUUCAACUUUGCACUUUCUGAAGCAUUGAAAUUUAGCGAUAAACAGUCAUCCAAGUGGAUUUCAAAGCUGGUUCUUUCACUGGGAGAACAAUAUAAAAAAUGAACAAUCGAGAUAAACAUUAAACAAGGUCAGAUAUAUAUAGUGUUAAUAGUGUUUUUGCAAUGAUCGUAACUUACUCAAAUACACUCUUAAAUCAAAUACGUACGCAAUAUAAAUACCAUAUCAACAAUACUGUAAGCUCUUACGCUUUACAUCUCGUUAAUUAGUAGUAUACGUGUGUGUUUCGGUUCAAACCAAACCACAUUGACACUUUGUAUACACAAACUAAUUAAAUGAUACAGUUUGAAACUGAAAUAAGUAAUAGUUUAUACCAAUUUUAAAGAAGUUACAUUUGUAUAUUGGUGCAUUGCAUUAACUUGAAUGGUUAUUGUGCAUUAUGAUUUAUCUUCAUAAAUUUAAUAUCUGAAUAUUAACUUCUUUAAUUGUGGCGUGCUGUCCGUGAAAGGUUUUUGGAUAUAGUGAUUGCGAAAAACAUGCAGCGGAAAAAUUGACGGGCACUUCUUAACAGCUUUGUUACAAGAAACUUCUGAAGUAAGAAUAGGUCGUCGUUCAACAUUCAUCAUCAGUUGAUCUCUGCUUUUUUAAUUAUGCAAAAUUAUCAUUAUGUAAUAUUUAGAAAUUUGUAUUGUGUUAAUUUCGCGCUGUUUUGACAAACGAUUAUGGAUUAAAAUUCUUAAAUUCAAAUUACAUCACAAUUGAUCGGCUACAAUCGUUAAUCGUGACAUAUUAAAGACGUUCUAAAAACGAGUGCUUCAGUCGUUUUUGUUAUUUUAAUAUGAUAAUACAAACAAGGCUAGGGAAUAUCGACGGAAAUUGGAUCGUAGUUAAAAACAAAAUUCCAGUAUUUCAGGGCCCUGCCAACGUCGACAUAAAUGUUUGCAUUGAAAUACUGCAAAACAAGGCAAUGGACUUAAACAAAAUGACUUAAACAUUAAACAGUAAGUAUUACAUGCGGAUGUAUUCCUGUUUUCACCUUUUGAUGUUAAUGUUGAUAUAUAUUCCAACUCUGAUUUAAAUCA